UUGAUAUUAGGUGAUACUGUGAGUGGUAAAACAUCACUCUUAAUUGCAUUGAUGGGAGGAGUCAUUUCCGAUAGCUAUGUUACACCAUUAUUGGAUCCUUUCGAUUCUGUGGUUAACAAUUUCACCCUUAGAGGCAUGGGGGAAGGAAAUGGAUUACCAAAAGAAAACCUGCAUGUUAAAUAUAUUGAUACGAGAGGAUCAGUAGAUUAUGAUCCAAUUAGAUAUCUCAUCUAUCCAGAGACCAAUCUAUUUGUUAUUUGCUGCAGUCUUGCCAAUGAUGAGCCACUAAAAAGUGUUAUAACUAGGUGGCUUCCUGUUAUUAAAGACAAGUACAAAAUGAUUCCAUUUGCCUCAUUCUUGGUUGUUGGUACAAAGUCUGAAACCACAUCCAUUCCUAAAGGUUCUUUUAUUACAUCAGCAAACUCAAUGUUCAAGAAUGUUCCAGGAUAUGCAGGUGCAGUAGAAGUUUCAGCCAUGGACCAAACGGGAAUUAAAGAACUCCAACAAAAAAUUAUUGUUGUUGGAGCUGAAAAUUUGAGAAAAAAGAAUAAGGACUCGGAGGGAUGUUGUACAAUUCAAUAA